AUGAGCCCAGCGCUGCUGCCGCAAUGCCGCUGCCCCUCUGUUGAGUUGACAUCCGUGGCGCGCCAGUUUGACUUGAGUGGGCCGUGACGCUCUGCGCCUCUGCGCCUGACUCCGCCCCGUCUGAUUCUGCCGCUGCUGGAAUGCUGUCGUACGCUGCCGGUGCUUGGAUCUCCUCCCCAUGCUGCUCUCCCUUCUGUCUGUAUGAUGCCUCUUUUUUUCUUCUGCUUUGGGCUGCCAGGGACCGCUCUUUCGCCCUCCGACCACUAGGGGGUGCGCCCUCUGCCUGUGCUCCUCCACGCUGCAAGUGCUGCUGCUUCCUCACUCUUCUGUUCCCCUUCUUCCGGAUGCUCUCCUCUCCCUCUUCUCUGAAGCGACUGGGGGCUUUUUUGAUUCUGCUUGACCUUGCUGCCAGUGGCUCCAUAAUACCCUGCUGUCGCUACCCUGGGGCUUGCGGUACCUCGUCUGGCUGGAUGUGUCCCGCUCCUGGGCGCUUUGCUGGUGCUCUUUCCCCGCUGUCUUUUCCUCUUGGAGCUGAUGGACGGCUGCUGCUGCUCUGAGCUGGAGGUGCUGCGACCCAGACCCGCUGGUUUAAAAGAGGUGACGUGUUCUUUAAUGCUGCUCCCGCUGCUGCUCUCCCGUCUGCAUCGAGCUCUGUCCGGCAACGAGGUGUCUCUGUGAUUAUUAUUUUGCGUACAUUUUGUAGGCCAAGUGAGCUUUUUUCAUUUUAGUUUCAAAUCCCAAUUGGCUGCCUUAAUAUAUUGAGCAGGUGUCUCUGUGAUUAUUAUUUUGCGUACAUUUUGUAGGCCAAGUGGGCUUUUUUCAUUUUAGUUUCAAAUCCCAAUUGGCUGCCUUAAUAUAUUGAGCAGGUGUCUCUGUGAUUAUUAUUUUGCGUACAUUUUGUAGGCCAAGUGGGCUUUUUUCAUUUUAGUUUCAAAUCCCAAUUGGCUGCCUUAAUAUAUUGAGCAGAAAUGGAGUACGCACAAGCAGUAAGUUAACACCCAUACACUUUUAUUUUGAAUAUGGAUGACAAUUGUUUAUUUUACGUUUGUUUUUUGGUGUCAUGAUUCUUACCUUCUUUUUAAGUUGGUGAUGUCUAUCCAUGUUGGUGCGGAAGCACUCCCACCCCAACCCACAGAACCACUCCCACCCCAACCGCCGCAAGCCCUCCAACACCAACCGGCUCCUCAUCAUCCAAGGCAACGGAGGCGUGCUAGGCCACCAAUUUUCCGUACCCGUGUCCUUCUUUUUGGGAUGCCUGAUGAUGUAGUGUUGCGUAGAUACAGACUGCCACCUCAUCUAAUCCUAGACACUCUCUCCAUAAUAGAGAGUGAUCUAGAACAAACCAUUAGGUAUCCUACAGCAAUACCAGCAUUGACACAAUUCCUUGCUGUGUUACAUUUUGUGGCCACUGGUUCAUACCAGCAUGUUGUGGGAGAUCUGGUUGGCAUGUCGCAGGGCCAGUUCAGUAAGGUCCUGCAGCGUGUCAGCCAGGCUUUCCUUAAGAGAGUGAAGCAAUUUAUUUCUAUGCCUUUGGAUGUUGGUGCCCUGGAUGUGGUGAAGCGGCAAUUUGAGGAAGGUGGUAGUCGCUUCCCACACGUUAUUGGGGUUGUGGAUGGCACACAUGUAGCUAUUGUUCCACCAAGACAUAAUGAAGAAAUUUUUCGAAACAGGAAACUGUUUCAUUCUCUGAAUGUAAUGGUUGUUGUGGGCCAUCCCUCCAGAUCCUGUCCCUGAAUGCUAAGUUCCCGGGGAACUCCCAUGAUGCCCAUGUCAUUAGACAAUCAGGGAUAUGGCAGAGAUUAAGAUCGAUGGAAGGACAAGACAUGUGGUUAUUGGUUGAGUAUUGUUGCAUAUUUCUGUUAAAAAUUUUUUUUAAAUUUUUAAUAAUUAAAAUAUAAUUUUGAUCUUUUAUUCUCAUCAAACAGGAGACCGUGGAUAUCCUUGCACCCCCUGGCUCAUGACUCCUUACAGUAAGCCCAGGCCAGGACCACAGACGGCAUUUAACUCCGCGCUUACUGCCACUAGACAGCUGGUGGAGCGCACGAUUGGUGUCCUUAAAGGGCGCUUUUGUGUGCUCCACCAUACUGGUGGCGACAUCAUGUAUUCGCCGGAGAUGGUAAGUAAAAUUGUGGUCCUGUGCGCUAUCAUACAUAACAUCGCUGUAAGGAGUCGUGUUGAGCUUCCUCAAACAGAGGAAUUGCCUGAUGAGGAGCCAGGGGUUGGGCGGACAGUCGGUGGGGGGAGUGUUUCCCGGAGGGGAAACGAAAUAAGGGCACGCAUUGUGCGGGAUUAUUUCAGGGCGAGCACAACGGCAAGCUGCUGCUGGGAGCCCACACCAGGCCCCUUCUCAGGCCCCCUCCCCUUCUGUCUCCCCAUCCCCCUCUUCUUCCCAGGCCCAUUCUCUGGCCACCUCCCCCUCUCCGGCCCACUCCCCCUCUCCGGCCCACUCCCCCUCUCCAGCCCACACCCCCUCUCCAGCCCACACCCCCUCUCCGGCCCACACCCCCUCUCCGGACCACUCCCCCUCUCCGGACCACUCCCCCUCUCCAGCCACCUCCACCUCUCCGGCCCACUCCUUCUCUCCAGCCACCUCCCCCUCUCCGGCCCACACCCCCUCUCCGGCCACCUCACCCUCUCCGGCCACCUCACCCUCUCCGGCCCAAUCCCACUCUCUUUCCCAAUCCCCCUCUCCGGCCCAAUCCCACUCUCUUUCCCAAUCCCCCUCUCCCGACCAAUCACCCUCUCCGGCCCAAUACACCUCUCUUUCACAAUUCCCCUCUCUGCCCCCCUCCCCCUCUGUGUCCCAAAAAUCCUCUCCACCACCCUCACCCUAUCAUUCUCAAACCCCCUCUGUAAUGUCCUCCCCCUUCCAUCCUCUUACAGAAAUAGACCCUCCUUCCCCCAUCCUGCCUCCUUCCCCCAUCCAGCCCACAUCCCCCAUCCAGCCAACAACACCCAUCCAGUCUACAUCCCCCAGCCAGCCACCUUCGCCGCCAUCCGAAUGGGCAGCAGAGGCCCCGGGGCCACUUGAGGGAGGUGGGCAAGUGGCAGAGGCGAAUGUUGCGGUUGGAGAUCCCACAAGUUUGGGAGGAAUUCUGGCCAGCAUGCGCCAGCAACUUCAAAAUUUAAUGGCAACAGUGGAUUUGCUGCAAAAAUUUGUUUAAAAAACAACUAUUAUUUCUAAAAAUUUGUUUUUAAAAAAUAAUAAUGUACAAAUAAACAUUUUUGUUUCAAGUUAA